UUAAAAAAAGACAGCAACUGGUUUUAAAACAAAUCCGAAAUUACAAAACUAAGUUAUAACUUUUAUAAGCCUCAAAUAUUGUGACUGUAACACGUUUUUUGUUAAAAACGCGUUACCUUUGGUGAAGAAAUGUUUGUCCACUUUGUCGUUUUAGCCAUUUUUUGGAUGCCAGUAACUCUACAAUUCGUUAAAAUGCGGUCUUUUUUAGCGACACCGAGCUGUGACGAUAAAAUCUCCAACAUAGAGUUUGUAGCAGAACAUCAGGCUAGAUCGGACAUUUCAUGCGCUGCUAUGUGUGAUGUGAAUUGUGGAUGUUUUGGGUUCAACUCACAAAUGAAAAAGUGUCGGAUCCAUCAGUCAUGUGACCUCGUGAACAUGACCUCAACUGAAGGUGGAUGGAGAUAUUACCAGUUUGACCCACCCCCAGAUUGUAAGGGUGUCAUGGAGUCCGGAGAGAGCACUUCAGGAUUAUACGUCAUCGACCCUUUUGGAGAUCGACAGAGACUGGUCACUGUCUAUUGUGAUAUGGAAACAGACGCUGGAGGCUGGACGGCCAUUCAGCGCCGCCUGAGUGGUACAAUGAACUUUGACAAAACUUGGAUGGAGUUCAAGAGCGGGUUUGGAGUUCCUCAAAAUGCUUACUGGAUUGGGAACGACGUCAUUCAUCAUCUAACAAAUCGACAGCAGCAUUCCUUGUAUGUGAUUUUCAAACACAACAAUGGAGUCAUAUUUUAUCAGAAAUAUGAAGAAUUUUCCAUUGGUGACGAAUCUACAAACUACCAACUCAAUUUAGCUGGGCUAAACACCGGAAAUCUAGGUGACAGUAUGAUCAACGCUGGCUACUCUAGCGCCAAUCUGAACGGUAUGGCGUUUAGUACCAUGGACCGAGACAACGAUCAGUAUAGUGGUCACUGCGCCACUAAGUAUGGUGGGGGAUGGUGGUUCAACAACUGUCAUGACGCCUUCCUGAACGGACCCUGGCCCCCGGAGUAUUGGCACGACCCAUGGAGACCGACCAUAUCAAGUGUCAGCAACAUAGCGGAAAUCAGACUGAUGAUUAAACCGACAUAGAUGCAUGCUGAAUUGAAAUGAAAUACUGUAUAUUUUUUACAUGCAAAAAAAUUGUUCGAUGGGUUGUGAGAGCAUCGUUGUCACGAAUAUUUCUUGCUGAUAAUCAUCUUUCCCCCAGUAAAUCUCAAAAUAAAAUAGUCGCGAAUGAAAGUCCAUUAAACAUACAUUGGAUAAAGACUCUAUUUGAUAACAGAUUUAGUUAUACAUGUAGUCUAAAGAUUCAUAGUAAAUCAGAUUAUCUAGAUGUGCAGUAUGUCAUUUUUUUAUUUGACAUUUUUUUGUAUAACUGCUUUUUAAUUAAUUUUCUAAAGAAAGGUCAUUAUAUGAUAUUGUUCUCUAAAUUGCCGUGGUAUA